AUGGCGGAUCGCAGAAGCUCACCUACUCUGCAAGAUGCCACUCACCGACCCUCCGUCAUCGUGUCAGCAGCCGAAAGAGCACGGCGCAACAUGAAUGCGAAACUGGCGAAUCCUCUGCAAGACUACACGUACGGCGAGCUUCGGAAGAUGGGUCGAGCGUAUGCGUACGAACAUGCUAUCGCGGAGAAGGACGACGUAAGGGCUUUCGAAAUCGGUGCGUGUUUGGCGAGGGAUGCGGAGGAUUUGAGUAGGGCGAAGGAGUUGGGGAUCACGGAUGAAGAGUUCGAGGUUUUGGAAAAGGAGAACACGCAUAGGUGGAGUCAGCCGUUUACGUUGUACUUGGUUAUUCUACUGUGUUCAACUUGUGCGGCGGUACAGGGAAUGGAUGAGACUGUCGUCAACGGCGCACAGCUCUUCUUCCUGGGACAAUUCGGUAUCGGUGGGACGGAGCCGCAUUCGACGUGGCUUGCGGGACUUGUGAAUGGCGCCCCGUAUAUGUGUUGCGCUUUUGUGGGAUGUUGGCUCACUACGCCGUUUAACAAUUGGUUUGGACGUCGAGGUACCAUCUUUAUCACUUGUCUCUUCAGCGCCAUUGCUUGCUUCUGGCAAGGCUUCGUCAACACAUGGUGGCAUAUGUUCAUUGCCCGCUUCGCCCUAGGUUUUGGCAUCGGUCCCAAAUCAGCUACGGUGCCCAUUUACGCUGCAGAAUGCGCGCCACCAGCAAUCCGUGGAGCCCUUGUAAUGCAGUGGCAGAUGUGGACCGCUUUCGGUAUAAUGCUAGGUUAUGCUUCUGACCUGGCAUUCUACACCGUCCCCGACAAGCCAGGCAUCGUCGGUCUGAACUGGCGCCUCAUGAUGGGCUCUGCCAUGCUCCCAGCGGUCAUCGUGUGUAUCUUCGUGUUCUCAUGUCCAGAGAGCCCUAGGUGGUACAUGUCGAAGGGACGGCACGCGAGCGCAUUCGGUGCAAUGACGAAGCUGAGGUACAACAAGAUUCAAGCGGCACGGGACCUAUUCUACAUGGCGGAGUUGUUGAAGGCAGAGGAGAACAUGAAGAUGGGACAGAGCAUGGUUAAGGAGCUGUACACCGUGCCACGAAAUCGUCGGGCACUGUUAGCUAGUGAGAUCGUCAUGUUCAUGCAGCAAUUCUGCGGCGUAAACGUAAUAGCCUACUACUCCUCGUCCAUCUUCGUCGAAUCCGGUUUCGACAACCAAUCCGCACUCGCCGCCUCCCUCGGCUUCGGCGUCAUAAACUUCCUCUUCGCGAUCCCGGCCAUCUACACCAUCGACACCUUCGGCCGGCGCAACCUCCUCCUCACCACUUUCCCCCUCAUGGCCCUCACCCUCCUCUUCACCGGCUUCUCCUUCUACAUCCGCGAGGGCUCCACCGCGCGCGUCGCCUGCAUCGCCCUGGGCAUCUACCUCUUCGGCAUCGUGUACUCCCCCGGCGAGGGCCCCGUUCCGUUCACCUACAGCGCGGAGGCGUAUCCGCUGUACGUCAGGACGAUCGGGAUGUCGCUCGCGACGGCGACGACUUGGUUCUUCAACUUCGUGCUCUCGAUCACGUGGCCGUCGCUCGUGAGUUCUUUUAGACCGCAGGGCGCGUUCGGGUGGUACGCUGCUUGGAACGUCGUCGGUUGGGUCGCGGUGCUGCUAUUCAUGCCUGAAACAAAAGGCAAAACCCUCGAAGAGCUCGACCAGAUAUUCAGCGUGCCCACGCACAUCCACGCGCGGUACGGCCUCCGCCAGAUACCGUACUUCUUUAAGCGAUAUAUCCUCUGGCAGAAUGUGGAGCCGGAGAAGCUGUACGAGAGGGAUGUUGUCGGGGAGAGGGGGAACGAGGAUGAGAUGCAGGUUGUUUGA